AGUUCCCAAUCAUUUCCCCUUACUCUCUUUCUUAUCAUCCUUCUCCUCUUGUUUAUUUAUCGUUGCAUAUGGAAAUUUAACGAACUAAUAAUAAAAAGAGAAACAAUUUUGUAAUAAAAAGAAAGAAUAAUUUGUUGGAAUGAAAACCUUGGAAAGACUUCCAUUAGGGUUUUUAUCGUCUCUACAAUCCUCUUGGACGGCAAUUUGGUAAGUAUCCAUUAAUUUAUUUAUAAUCUCUCUCUCUCUCUCUCUCUCUCUCUAUUUAUUAGUAUUCAUUGAAUCUGUUUAUUGAUUUGGAAAAUCCCAUUACUCUUAGAUUUAGGUUUUUUUGGAAUUAUCUCUUCCAUAAUCUCUUGAAUUUAGGGGUUUGAUGAAACUUAUUAUUUGGAUAAAACGGGUAGAAAGGAAAAAACAAGGUUGAGGUUUGAGGUUCUUGGAAUUUGGGGCUUCUAUUGAGUUACAUAUAUAUUGUUUUAGGGUAAAAAGUGAGGGAUAAUGUGCAUCCUUUGUGUCAUUCAGAAAUGUUCUAGGAGGGUUGCUACAAUGCUUCCAUGGUUAAUAAUUCCCCUCAUUGGUCUUUGGGCACUUUCUCAGUUGUUGCCACCUGGUUUUAGGUUUGAGAUUACGUCUCCUAGACUAGCUUGUCUAAUGGUAUUAUUAGUUACUCUUUUCUGGUAUGAGGUUUUAAUGCCAAAGCUAUCAUCCUGGAGGAUACGCAGGAGUGCUUGGCUCAGAGAGAAAAAGAGGGUUCAAGCUAUAGAGUUACAGAAGCUAAGGAAGAUGGCAGUGAGACGAUGCAGGAAUUGUUUGACUCCAUAUCGUGAUCAGAACCCAGGUGGAGGGGGAAAGUUUAUGUGUUCAUACUGUGGUCAUAUAUCCAAAAGACCAGUUCUUGAUAUUCCUGGCUCUGCUGACUUGGAUGCUAAGAAGUCUGGGUUUGUGGGGGAUUUGGUGGGUAAGGGUGGCAAAAUAUGGAAUGAAAAGGCUUGGUCAGAGCAUGGUUGGAUUUGUAGUAAUGAUUGGUUAGACAAUGGGAACUGGGUUCCUGGGUCUUUCACCGAGAAUAGUAGCUGGGUAAAGAAUGGUGGUAAGCUAUACAGUGGUAAAGAUCUUUGUUUUGCAGAGAAAUCAUACUCGGUCGUUGUUGUUUUUUUCGUCAAGGUUUUGUUCUCUUUCUUUUUUAGUGUAAGGUGGUUGUGGAGGAAAUUUUUUAGAGUAUCCUCAAGUGAAGAUGGUUCAUCAGAUGCAGAGCAUAUGGGGAUGUCUAAAAAGGGGGGAAAUGGAGUUAAUAUGUGUGAGAGUAAAGUUGAGAAAGCUCGUAGGAAAGCUGAAGAAAAGAGACAGGCUAGGUUAGAGAGGGAGCUUUUAGAGGAGGAAGAACGGAAGCAACGAGAGGAUGUUGCAAAAUUAGUGGAAGAAAGGAGGAGACUGAGGGAUGAAGAAAUGGAGGCAGAAAAACAGCAGGUUAGAGGCUCAGCUAAUGGCAAGGAAAAAGAUAGUAAGAGAGAAGCAGAAAAGAAGCGUCAAGAAAGAAGGAAGGAUAAAGAUAAAGGGUCUAGUAAGAGUAACUCUGACUGCGAGGAGAUUGACCGCAGAGCUGGCAAGGAAAUGGAUAGGAAACGUGAGCUUGACAAGGGGAGUGAAAUUGAGAGGCGGGAUCAACAGAAAGCCGCCACAACUCAGAUCUCCGAAUCGAGGCAUGGUAUAAAAGUAUCAACUGCAAACAUCACCAAGGGAACUGGUACUAGAUACCUGGAGCGUGUAAGGGGAUCCCUAAUUUCUUCUUCUAAAGCUUUAAAUGACACUAGUUUUUUUGGAAAGGGCACUCAUACAAACCAAACUUCUGCAACAAAUAUUUCAAAAGCAAACAAGCUUAAUGGUUUUAUAGAUCAUGCCCAAGGCACUGCGAACCAGAGAGAUAUGCGUAGCAGUACACAUGCACCUGUAAUAGUUAACUCAAAUGGAGAUAAUAAUGCCAUUGGAGCCAGUUCUCAUCGACCUGGUGGUUCAGAGAUGCAGUCGCAAACCGUGAAAAAGUCAUGGCAACAGUUAUUCACUCGUUCUCCAGGCAUGCCUAAUAUGAGCCCCCAAAUAGAAGGUCAAAGUCCGAACUUUCAUCGUCAGUCGCUGCAAAUGCAUUCUUUCGAGAAUCAGCUUGGUUCAAACCUAGCAUUGCCUUCACAUGUGUCUUUAUCCCCAAAUGGUUCUAAAAGUAGUAAUUCUUAUUCUUCUUUAGCAGCUAAACCAAUUUUUCCUGUUGCUGGAGAACCACCUUACAGUUUGGCUCAAGAGGAGAGCGAAAUUUUGGAAGACCCUUGUUAUAUUCCUGAUCCAGCAUCUUUACUUGGUCCAGUCUCAGAAUCGCUUGAUCAUUUUUCAUAUGACCUUGGCACAGGGUUCAUGAGAAACAGUCUGCCCCAAAAUUCCAUGCCUUUAAAGCAUGUAAUUACAUCCAUGGAAGUUAGUAAGCCCUCUCCAAUAGAGCCUCCUAUGUCGCGGUUACACGGCAUAGAAGUGAGGCUUACAAACUCAUUCCCCUGCAGCCCGAAGACCCCGGAUCGGAACUCCUCGCCUCUGAAUGAAUCGAACAGUGGAACAUGGCAGAUGUGGGGCACCUCACCACUUGUUCAGGAUGGCCUUGGUUUUGUAGGGGGUUCGUCGAGCUGGCUUUCACCAAUAGGGCAGAAUUCCAAGAAUAUGACAUCAAAGUUUGUAGUGGACAACCAAGUCCCUCCUGGGAACCAUUUUCAGCGAGGUGUUCAACCUGGUAGUUGCUUAACUGGUGGGACAUUUAGUCCUAUUUGUGCUGGAUUGUAUGAGAACGAUCCGUGGCUACCAAAUCCGAUCUCCCCACCACUGUCGGGCGUUAGCGAAUGCUAUUCCGUACCAGUUUCUCCUCCACCCGAUAUAUCCCAGAGUGAGUUGAUUUAUGGCAGUUCGAGCAGAUCAGCCACCAGACAACCAUUCGAACCAUCCCCUGUCAUUCGCUGGCCCAAGAAGGACUUCGCUGUGCAUGGGUUAGAAGAUGGCAUCGCAGACCCAACCAUGGGAAGGCCUCAUAUUGGGGGCCUAUUUUCUACACCAGAUGUACAGUCAGUUUGGUCAUAUAACUGAAUAAAGUACAAAAUUAGAAACAAAAGAAAAGCAGUGGACAUUUUUAAACCCCGAUUACUCUCCAUCAAUUUGAGCAAUCCAAGUCGGAGACUAUUUGAAAAGUUUAAUCAAACAGUAUUCACUUUAGCAAGCAUAGAUUAUAGAUAAAUAGGUCAACGGAUAUAGAUAGAGAGAUGGCUUUUGAGAGCUUGUGCAUCCUUUACAGGUAAGUAACUUAUUCUUGGGUCUAUUUCCCUGAUAAAUUGUACUUUCUUGAGGCAGUACCAUCUUUCAAUUUCGAAACUUCGUUUCUUUCGUUGAUGUUGUUCAGAAUAUAAACACAUGACUUAUCACAGGAAGCUAAAAGAAAUAAACUCAUCACAUAACCUUUUCUUUGUGUCA